AUGCUGAUCCGCCACGCCAUCGUUCUUGCUACAUCCCAUGGAUGGCGACAGAUGCAGCACCUCGUGUCGAUCCCGCUCCUCAUCGUCGCCAUCGUGGCCCUGGCCGCGCCCGCGCUGGCCAGCAGGCCCGUUUACCGCGGUUCCAACGGGGGCACGUGCACCCUGCACACCGACGUCCAUCCUCCGUUCGCCAAGCAGAGCACACUGCAGGGUAACCAGUGCACGCUGUCCAACUCGACGCCGACCUACGUCUGCGGCAAGCUCAACGUCGACCAGCUCGCCCUCGCCUGCCUCAAUGCUAGGGGCGACUUUGCCAGGUCCUACCAGCGGGCCGAGUGGGUCGACUCUGGCUGCUCGGUGUCGAUGAUGAAGUUUUCCACCUCGGUCCUGGGCUUGCUGGCCAUGGUGCUUGCUGCCGACGUCGCUCCGGCCAUGGCCGACGACUUGAAGGUGGUGCUGACCAACUUCUACUACACGUGCACGACGGGCCGCGGCGGUCCGUUCCCGCCUACGUUUAAGCUGGAGACGACGGUGUGCAAGCUUCGGGACAGGAAGCACAUCUACGUGUGCGACAUGGACUCGGGUCCCUUUAUCCAAGCUUGCGACGGCAUUGGGGGCGACGUCACGAAGGGACCCCCCUUUUGA